AAACAUGGAAGUUGAAGUGGGAGGACCGGACUCUGCAGAUAAGAAUGAUACUCUCAUAAAACCGUCUGCUGUCAAAGCAACAGGACAGUUUAUAAAAUGUGAGACUGCAAAUGAAAAUGCUAAACCAACUGAAAAUGAAAUUUCUGUCACUGAUCGUUCAGAAACAGACGAAAAAAGUGAAAAUACGACAUCCAAGUACCCGGAAGGGAAACUUUGUGGUUGGUUAACCAUAAUUGCUCGCGGUAUAAUCAAAACAAAUCGACAGAGAUGGUGUGUGUAUGGCGAUAAAACAUGUAAACUUUAUUAUUACAGAAGUCAAAAUGACAUAGUCCCGCUCGGAGAGAUUGACAUUUCGAGAGCAACAUUUCAUUUUGAACCUACUGUGGAUAAACCAGGAGCUUUUCAGAUUAGGUCAGAUAACAGAGAACAUGUGUUAGAUGCAGCGAAUCGGCAUGCUAUGAUGUAUUGGUUACAAGAACUACAGAAAAGACGUAGGAUUUACAAUAGUAAUCAGUCUACUAAACUAACAAGACCAGUUAAGAGGCCACAACGUUUGAGUGGACUUGAUAUGCCCAAAUUAGAUAAUGGGAAAGAAAAUGAUGGGCAGGCAACUGAAAAAGAUCUUUCUCCUAGCAGCACAGUCAUUAUCCCAGAGAUUGUGGUGCCCUCAUAUUCACCACUUUCUGUUUGCACAGGUGAUACCAUUAAAAGGUCACAUACAGGGUCAUUUUCAUCAUUGAAAUCAGAUAUAAGGGAUGCCAUAGGUGCCAUAAUGAAUGGACAAAGUAUUACAGGGAAGUUAGGAGGUAGUAAAGUAUCAAAACCCUCACCAUCACCUUCAUCAUCAAGCACAACUAGUGAAGAUUGGACUCUUCUGGACACUUCUGAACAUGGAAAAUCUCUAAAGUCCCCAAACCCACAGAACAAAAUUAUGAACGCAUUUAGUAAAAUUAAAGCAGGAAAAAAGGGGAAUAACUCUACAUUACCCACAGAUAAUCAAGUUUGUCAUAGAUGUAAACAGUUGCAAUCCCAGUUAUCAAUGUCAAAGGAAGAACACCACUCGACAGAAGAUGAACUUCAGGCCCAUAGAGAAAUUGUUCGCAUACUACAGAAAGAACUGGACAAACUCAGUAGAGAUGUUUAUUCUAGAAAUGAGGCAGAUGACAAAGACAGAGAAGGGUUGUUGAAAAUGGUGGCAGAAAGAGAUAAACAUAUCACAGAACUACAGUAUUCUAUUGUCAAUCUCAAAGAGGAAAAGGAACAUCUGUCUCAGAAACUCAGGUCAAUUGAUGGAGAAACAAGAGAACUGUCAGAACAAGUGACUAUGUAUCAAGAUAUGUUAAAAGCCAAAGAUGAUACAAUCAUUCAACUGACCAAUGAAAUCACAGCAUUGGAGAAAGAAAUGAAUAAUAAUCAAACUAACACUCAAAACAGUGAUGAUGUCAAAAAUUCAGAGAAUACAAGACAGUCUGUUAUUGUUGUCUCAGAUACUCUGGAGUUAGCUAGAUUAAAGGAUAUGUGUCAAGCAUAUGAACUACAAAACAAAUUUUUAACCAAAGAAAUUUUAGAACUCAACUACCUCAGGCAAAAUGAUCAAGCCAAUGAAAAAGCUCUUAUGAUGAGUAAUGCAAAAUUAGAAGCUCAGUAUUUCCAAACAAGAAGCAAAUAUUUAGUCUUGUUUAAAGAAAUAAAGAAACCCAGACAAGGUGAGGAAGUAAAUCAGCCAGAUGAUGUUGUUAGCCAAUUGUUGAAAGAAGCUAUGGCUUUUGAAAACGAUGAACCAGAAAGUAUUGAAUUCCAGCUGACAUCAAGUGGACAGGAAUAUGAUCGGUAUGGAUUUGUAAAGAGAUAUGGAGAGGAUGAAGAGGAAAUAGAUCCUUUAGCAGUCAAAGCUGAACAAUUAGAAAGACAUUCAGAGGAAAUAAAUAAUAAAAUAAAGGAUGCAGAGGAAAUCCAGUCUUUUAAACUGAGAUGGGAGAACUUUAUGGUUGGUUUAGGUGUAAAACCACUCACAAGAUCUUCAGAGUUGAAGACUUUGAUAAGAAUGGGAAUUCCAAAUGAAUACAGAGAACAAAUAUGGAAAGGUUGUGUGAAUUUUUAUGUAGGAGAGAUCAGAGACAAACUUGGACCACAUUAUUAUAAAGAGUUGGCUAAUAAAACAAAGAAUGCCUCCCUUAGUCCAGAAACAAAACAGAUAGAACUUGAUCUUCUAAGAACAUUACCAAACAACAGACAUUACGAGAGUAUUGAAAAUGAAGGCAUAGAGAAAUUACGGAAUGUUUUGUUAAGUUAUAGUGUGCAUAAUCCAAUGAUUGGUUAUUGUCAGGGUUUAAACAGAUUAGCAGCAAUCAGUUUAUUAUUUCUACCAGAAGAGGAGGCAUUCUGGAAUCUUGUAGCUAUUGUUGAUUUUCUGAUGCCGAGGGAUUACUACAGUAAAACUUUAUUGGCUGCUCAGGUUGAUCAGAGGGUGCUUAAAGACUUGCUCCAUGAUAAGCUACCCAGACUAUAUAAUCACUUUGAACAGUUAGAUGUUGAUAUUUCCUUGUUUACAUUCAACUGGUUCCUGACAAUAUUUAUAGAUAAUAUUCCAACUGGUACAUUCCUAAGGAUAUGGGACUCAUUCUUAUACGAAGGGAGCAAAGUUUUGUUCAGGUUUGCUGUUGCCUUCUUUAAGUGUGUUGAAGAAGAUAUUUUGGAUAAAACAACUGCCCUACAAUUGAACCAUUUCAUGAGAGUAAUGGGAGAUAAAAUGAACAACCCAAAACAGAUAUGUCAGCUUGCCUUCAAUUGGAUCAAUCCAUUUCCAAUGAGGAUGAUAAGCACCAGAAGACAAUUCCAUCUGCAGCAUGUUAAGAAUGAACUUGCUGAACUGGAUAGAAUGAGAGGGAAUUUACGAGACAACCAGAGGAGUGGUGGAGAUCAUGAUGAUAGUAGUGGAGAUGAUCAGUGAUUUAUCCAGUGAUCUACAGUCAUAUAUACAGUAUUGGUUUUCAUUGUAAUUCUGGUUUUAUCCAUUACUGUUCAGUAUUUGUAUCAUGCAAUAACUGUUCAGUAAAACCAUUGUGCAAUAUUUUUUUCUAAUGAACAAAUUAUAUAAUUAUUUGUACAUUCAAAAACAGCAUUUAUUUUGUUUUUGCAGAAUUUUUUUUUAACCUGUUUUUUAGUUGCAUGAACCUAAGUGAUUAAAGUGAAAUCAUGAAAUGGUUAGGGAGAAUAAUUAUAACCAACUCAAGGAGUAGGUUGUACUGUGCAAUGACAUCUGUUUUUCUAUUCAUCAGUCUUACUGUCCAUAAUUUGUUAUUUAUUUUGUAUUAACAGUCAUUCUUUAAUACAUAAGAUGCAUGAUGUUGGAUAUUUAAGUCUGUAAUUUUAUAAUGUUGAGUUACCUUGUGAGUGAUUUCAGAUCUACCUGGAAGUCACAUACUAUUUGAAACACGGUUGCAGAGAUGGUCUUCCUAUUUUGUACAUAGCUCUAGAUGAAUUUAAAUGAAUGUCCAGUUACAAGAAUAUUGGUUAAAGAUUUCUAGUCUGAGUUAAAAUCAAAGGAAAUAUUGUAAAUGAAUAAACACAUGUUAAUCAUUCCUAUUCUAUCUAAUUUAUAGUAUUGUUGACUAUAAUUUUGUUUUGUGCAUAGAAUUAUAUAUUGUUGACUUAAAUUGUUUUUGUUAUGUAUUAAAAAGAUUACUGAAAAUUUGAUAUGCAUUUUUGUAUACUGUAAAUUCUGAAAUUAAUGUGUGCAUUUAUUAUUGCGAAUCCUUGACCUCUGGCAAAAAUGCAAAAUUUAACUUAUGUGAUUACAAAAGUGUUAUGAAGGAAAAGCACUACAUAUAUUAUAAAUGCAAGGUUUUAUUAUUGGGAACCUGAAACAGAUGAAUUUUUCUCAUUAAUAAAAAUAUUGCAAUAAUUUCUGGAUUAAAAUUAUUCAAUACUGUGGUUUAACUAUUAUUUUUGUGGAUUUCAUGGGAAUAGGUGAAUUCCAUUUGUAGUGUUCAACAAAAUGCUAAUUUUCUAUAGACUUGUAUGCAGAAUUUGUCAAAACUACAAAAUAAAUUACCUAUAAUAAUAUGAUUUUUAUCAAAUCCACGAAAGUUUGUGCCAACAAUAAUUAAUGAAGCCUCAUAUUAAGCAGAAUUGAUUUAUUGUAAAAUAGUAUUUUGUAAGACUUUAAAUGGUAGAGAGUCUCCGUUUGAAUUUAGUUAUUAAUGGAAAAUCUGAUUUCACUUUUUGUGACUAUUAUAGAAAGUUUUAAGUUAUGCUGUUGAAUUGAGGUAUAUCUGUAGAGAUAGUUUAUUUGACUGAAUGUGUGAAAUGAAGUGUUAUUAGUGCAAUAGAUAUAUUUAUAUUUUUCUACUAUAAAAUUAUUUUACAAUAUUUAUACCUGUUUUUGUGUAUAUGAAUUAAUGAUGAUAAAUUUUUGAUUUAUUAAUGAUUUCUAUUCAUGUAUUUGUAUUUGUUACAAUGUUCAAAAUGGUGCUAUCAUUUUCUGUUAAAUUCAAUUUACAAUACUCAAACAAAAAAGCAAAAUAACUUUUAGGUUACUGUGUUCAAAAUGGUGUUAUCAUUUUCUGUUAAACUCUAUUUACAAUACUCAAACAAAAAAGCAUAUCCUUGAAUAGUGUUUGCUUUAAAUGGCACUCUUAAAUUGAAGGUAGGUAAUAUUUAUAGUGUUAUGUAUGUAUAUUUUUAAGUAAAAAGGACAAUGACAGUAAAAAAUAGUUGAAUCAAUUUUAUUAUCUCCUUACUGAAGAGUCUGUUGAGUUAUUGCCGUCAGUUGAUAUCUGUUUUACUCUUUUCCGCUGUGAACAUCAUCAGUCAUUGAUUAAGGUUAUACUUUUUUCCACUAUACACAUCAUCAGCCAUGUUGUAGGGUCCAUCAAAGAAUAACUUUAAGGUUACAGAAAACCUUAUAAUAAAGUUAAGAUGGUUCAUACUGGAAACAAAACAACUUCCACACCAACAAUUUAAUCAGAUUUGUUUGCUCUGACUGAGAUAGUAGAGUGGCAUUGUGGUCUGUGCAUUAGUCAGUCCGUCCCAUAUCAGGAUAUAGUUUUUGGUUACAGUAGUUUAUAAUGAAGGUGUGGUCACGUCAACUUAAAGCUUAAGUACACCUUUUCAUAUGAUGUGAAUUUCUUAAAUUAAAGGCCAAAUCACAGUUUUACAUGGUUCUCUGAAAAUAGAAAUGGGAUAUUGGGAAAUAAGUACAUUCUCUGGUUCGAGUUUUAAGAUAGUUUAUACCAUGAAGUUUUGGUCCCAUCAACUUGUUCAUUGUCAAGUUUACUUUUUAGCUCACCUGGCCCAAAGGGCCAAGUGAGCUUUUCUCAUCACUUGGCGUCCGUCGUCCGUCGUCCGUCGUCGGCGUUAACUUUUUACAUUUUGAACUUCUUCUAGAGAACCACUGAAUGGAAUGAAACCAAACAUGGCAUGAAUGUUCCUUAUGAGGUGCUGACCAAGUGUUGUUACUUUGUAGCCGAUCCAUCAUCCAAGAUGGCCGCCAGCGGGGGACUUAGUUUAACAUAGGACCCUAUGGGAAAUGCAUACAAAUGACUUCUUUUAGUGAACCACUGAAUGGAAUAAAACCAAACAUGGCAUGAAUGUUCCUUAUGAGGUGCUCACCAAGUGUUGUUACUUUGUAGCCGAUCCAUCAUCCAAGAUGGCCGCCAGCGGGGGACUUAGUUUAACAUAGGACCCUAUGGGAAAUGCAUACAAAUGACUUCUUUUAGAGAACCACUGAAUGGAAUAAAGCCAAACAUGGCAUGAAUGUUCCUUAUGAGGUGCUGACCAUGUGUUGUUACUUUGUAGCCGAUCCAUCAUCCAAGAUGGCCGCCAUCGGGGAACUUAGUUUAACAUAGGACCCUAUGGGAAAUACAUACAAAUGUCUUCUUUUAGAGAACCACUGAAUGGAAUGAAACCAAACAUGGCAUGAAUGUUCCUUAUGAGGUGUUGACCAAGUGUUGUUACUUUGUAGCCGAUCCAUCAUCCAAGAUGGCCGCCAGCCGGGGACUUAGUUUAACAUAGGACCCUAUGGGAAAUACAUAAAAAUGUCUUCUUUUAGAGAACCACUGAAUGGAAUGGAACCAAACAUGGCAUGAAUGUUCCGUAUGAGAUGCUGACCAAGUGUUGUUACUUUGCAGUCGGUCCAUCAUCCAAGAUGGCCGCCAGCGGGGGACUUAGUUUAACAAAGGACCCUAUGGGAAAUACAUACAAAUGUCUUCUUUUAGUGAACCACUGAAUGGAAUGAAACCAAACAUGGCAUGAAUCUUCCUUAUGAGAUGCUGACCAAGUGUUGUUACUUUGUAGCUGAUCCAUCAUCCAAGAUGGCCCCCAGCGGGGGACUUAGUUUUACAUAGGACCCUUUGGGAAAUACAUAAAAAUGUCUUCUUUUAGAGAACCAAUAAAUGGAAUGGAACCAAACAUGGCAUGAAUGUUCCUUAUGAGAUGUUGACCAAGUGUUGUUACUUUGCAGCCGAUCCAUCAUCCAAGAUGGCCGACAGCGGGGGACUUAGUUUAACAUAGGACCCUAUGGGAAAUACAUACAAUUGUCUUCUUUUAGAGAACCACUGAAUGGAAUUGAACCAAACAUGGCAUGAAUGUUCCUUAUGAGUUGCUGACCAAGUGUUGUUACUUUGCAGUCGAUCCAUCAUCCAAGAUGGCCGCUAGGGGGGGGGGGGGCUUAGUUUAACAUAGGACCCUAUGGGAAAUACAUACAAAUGUCUUCUUUUAGAGUACCACUGAAUGGAAUGAAACCAAACAUGGCAUGAAUGUUCCUUAUGAAGUGCUGACCAAGUGUUGCUACUUUGUUGCCGAUUUACUGUUCAAGAUGGCCACCAGGAUAUUUUAUUAAAUAACAGGACCAAUAUUAAUCAAAAUUUGGCCUCAAUCAUUAUUUGGGUAUCUGUUAUGAUUUUUAUCUAUCUUUACAUGAUUUCUAAAACCAAAGUAGAGUCAGGUGAGCGACACAGGCUCUUGAGAGCCUCUAGUUAAAUUAUAUGACAAAUUACGAUUUUGACCCAGAUUUCGCAGUUCACUGACAUAGAAGUAGGAUAGUGCAAAUAGGGCAUGGUGUAAUAUGGACAACAUUUUUUGUUAUCUCAUCCAUUUAGCAGUACAACAACAUUCAAAUAAAUCUUUAAAGUAAAGGUCUUUAAUAUUUUAUAUUCUGUUGCAGAGAUGUCCAUCAAUCCAUUAGUUUCUUUAUUUAUUUAGAAAUGGUAAUGCAUUAUGGUAACAUUGUUCUGAAUAUCUUUCAUUAGAUAAAGUGUUUUGCAAAAACGAAAAGACUGAACAAUAUACUUCAACAAUGAUGUAUGAUGAAUGAAUUUCUCCAUGGUGAUUUUUUGACAAGCAACCUAUGUUUAAUGAAGACAUCAAUCCCUAGAGACACAUUACUCUAAACCAACUAAUUUUCCCAAGUGUUUAAUAUCCUUUGAGGUAUUAAAUUUCACAAACAUUAAAUGUCACGGGAAAGUCAAAGUUGGAUCUUUUCUGGUAUGAAUACACAAAGUUAGAAAUUAAAUCACGGCAAAAUAGGCUAAAAAGGACUACUGUAAAUGUGAUAAAAAGUAUCUGAGAAUAUCAGUUGGUUUACAGUACCGGUAUGUCUUUUAAAAAAAUAUUUAAUAAUACAAUUGUUAUCAUUUCAGUGUAAUAAUUAAGGUUAAAGAGAAAUGCUUGUGAUUUAACUAAUGCUGAAAUUUUUUGUGUGUCAAUGGAGGAUUCAGAUAAGCAAAGACUCUUUGAAUUCUAAGUUUUGUUAAUUUGCAUGUUUAUGUUAAAGUGUUAUAUGUUAUGGUUUGUUGUUGACCAAUUUUCAUUAACCUAAUUGUAUUUUUAUAAAAUAAUGCAUUUCUAAUACUGUUCACCAAGGAAUUGUAUAGUAAGACAAAUACAAAUCCUUGUGUUCACUAAAUUACAUGUUAACAUAAUUUGAAAAAAAAUUAUGAACCCAAAAUCAGCCAAUUACAAAUGUGUAGCAUACUGAUUAAACCUUGCCAUUAAAGUCAUGUGUAUUUUUUU